AGGUAAACAAUAAUGACUUUGGUGCUUUCGACGUGCAACGCCGAACAGUAAAUAAAGUUGUGUUACCACACAUUAAGGAUAUUACUGCCGAUGAAUGGUCAUCAGAUUUGAAAACAUUACCUGACAUAGAGAUAGGAGAUGUUAUGGUGUGGCUUCUCCGUGUAGGAUGGGACCCCCCACGUUUAAAACUGUACAAACAGGACAAUGGCUACAAACUGUAUACCAGUUCACAUGUUGACAAUGUCAAACUUCAUUAUUUUGAAAAUGUAGCAUGCUUCUAUAUUAAGUGUCAGACUGUCCCAGAGACCAGGCAACAAGCAGCGCCUUACCAGACAUGGAUUCUCGUCAGUGAGGGUGGACAAAUACAGUCAGGUGGAUGUUCGUGUGUUGCAAAUGAUGGUUCGUGCAAACACUGUACAGCACUUCUUUUUUCCCUUUGUUCAUUCAAUGAAAGACACAAAGACAGACACACACUAGUCAGAACUGAUGUCUUAUGCUCAUGGGAUAAACCACGCUCUGCUUCACGACCUGAAAAAAUUCAGAAUGUACAGGUUCACAACUCCAAUUCGGCAGCUGAAAAUGUUCAACACGGCCCUUGUCAUACUGUAUACAACCCUUGUAAAGGUCUCCAGAAUGAACGUGAGAUUGAAAAAAAAUUAUUUGAUAUGUGCAAGGACUCUAAUUCACUUUUACUAGAAACACUUGACCCACCAUCUGAUUAUGAAGAUACUAGUGAGGAUAUUCCAGGAUUACAUGAAGUAGUCAAAGAGGCAAGUCUAAAGAAUAUUUCUGUAACUUCACAUUUACAAGCUUUAUUUGAUCCAGAAACCAUCUUGAGAAUAGCAGAUAUAACCAAGGAUCAGAGUACAGGUAUAUGUGAUGAAUGGAAAAGACACAGACAUGGACGUAUAACUGCAUCCGUUUUCUCAAAAGUGUUGCAUUUUCGAGGAUCAAAAUCUCAUGAAAAUUACAUUGUACGAGAAAUAAUGCAACUGGGGAGUGACAUAUCAAAUGUUCCAGCAGUUGCAUAUGGAAGAGAGAAUGAAGCUGUGGCUAGACAGUUGUACUUCGAUGAAUACAAGAAAGGACAUAAGUGUGCAAAAUUGAAUAACAUUGGAUUUCACAUUUUCACCGAAAAACCGUACAUGGGAGCAACUCCAGAUGGUUUAAUAAUGUGUAAAUGUUGUGGUAAAGGACUUAUAGAAAUAAAAUGUUCUUAUUCUCAUCAAAAUGAAACGCCAUACGAUAUUGCAGGUGACUCUUCAUACCAUUUAUACAGAGAUGAAAGCAAUGGUAGUGUAUAUCUUCGCCCCGACUCACCAUGGUAUAUCCAGAUUCAGGGACAAUUAGGUAUUCUUUCCCUUCCAUGGUGCGAUUUUGUUUUUUAUACCAAACGAGGAUUACUUACUGACAGGAUUUAUUUUGAUUGUGACGUUUUUAAUUCUAUUGUACAAAAGUGUACACUUUUCUUUGAAAAGUACCUUUGUAAUGCUUUGCUAUCACAGUGAAAUCACAGUGAAAUAAAAACGCAUACAGGACGAACAAAUCUGUGCAUCAUUGACAUGAUAUUUCAGUAUUUUUUUCACUGUAAAAGUUGUAUUGAUUUUUCUUUAGAGCAUUGAUUAUUCAAAUACACAAGACAGCUUAAUUCUGUAUGGUUUGUAUUCAAUUUUUUAUAUUACAUUUUCUCCGAUACUUGUGAGGAAAAUCAAAAAAGUUUUUAUAUCAAAUUCAGUAAAAUGAGGUUAAAUGUACUAGGUCAUAGAGACUUCAAUUUUUACUCUCUUCAUCAAGUGUUCAUAGUGCAGAUGCCAAUUUUUUUUCAGGAUUCUUUGAUAUUAACAACAAGAGAGUUCAUUAUAAUUGAGUUUUACAGCAUCAAUACAUUGAAUUUUCAUCUUGUGCUUUAACAAUAAUCCUGUAUACAUUCUGAUAAUCUAUAAAUUUUAAAAACAAAUUAAUAGCUUGUUAUUAUUUAUAUUUAUUGUUCACCAUAUUUUCAGAUAUAGCAAGACAGCAUAACAUGAUUUGAAGUGAGAAUGCAUACAUAACAUGAUUGAUAUUUUUUCACUCUGAUGCCUUUUACAACUCCACAUUCUGAUGCUUUUUUACAUAUCCACAUCAAAAAU